CACAUAUACCCUGCACACACACUCACACACACACACACACACACACAAACCCGGCGCGCAGAGACAGACACGCUCCCUCCCUCCGGCGCGCUCUACCCCUCGCUCGCCAGCCCGCCCGCCCGCCGCGCACGCAGCCGGCCCCGGCUCCCCGCGCCCGGCGCCCCGCGCCCCGCUGCCUCCGAGCGAAGCCGGGCUGGGCUUGGAGCUGCUCAUGGAGAAAGUGCCGGGCGAGAUGGAGAUUGAGCGCAGGGAGCGGAGCGAGGAGCUGUCCGAGGCGGAGAGGAAGGCGGUGCAGGCUACGUGGGCCCGGCUCUAUGCCAACUGCGAGGACGUGGGGGUGGCCAUCCUGGUGAGGUUCUUUGUGAACUUCCCGUCAGCCAAGCAAUACUUCAGCCAGUUCAAGCACAUGACCGAGCCCCUGGAGAUGGAGCGGAGCCCCCAGCUGCGGAAACACGCCUGCCGGGUCAUGGGGGCCCUCAACACUGUGGUGGAAAACCUACACGACCCCGAGAAGGUAUCGUCUGUGCUCGCCCUUGUGGGCAAAGCCCACGCCCUCAAGCACAAGGUGGAGCCCGUGUACUUCAAGAUCCUCUCUGGGGUGAUUCUCGAGGUGAUCGCCGAGGAAUUUGCCAAUGACUUCCCAGCAGAGACGCAGAGAGCCUGGGCCAAGCUGCGCAGCCUCAUCUACAGUCACGUGACCGCUGCCUACAAGGAAGUGGGCUGGGUACAGCAGGUCCCCAACACUACCACCCCGCCGGCCACGCUGCCCUCUUCGGGGCCAUAGGACCCCCUCUCUCCUCCCCCCUCCCAGGCAGCACCUUGAGCAGAAGGCCGAGUUCUGAAGACCCUCCUUGACCCUCCAUUUCUGGGUGCCAAGGAAGCUGGAGGAAACCCUGACUCGUCUUCCCAGAAAGAGGCAGCCUCUGCUGUGGCCACUGUCGCCACUGGAGCGGCCGGCAGGUGGCGCUGGCGGCCUGUCUGCUGACCCCAGCUCAGGGGCCUGUGGGGGUGGGGACGCUUCCUCCUUCAAGAGCUGGGCCCACUCUUCUUAGCUUUUGUACUCUCUGUCAGAGACCUAGCUGAGCAGCUGGCAGGAGUCCGGGGCAGGUGUGAGUCUCUCCAGGAGUUAAGCCAGCCCCAUUUCUAUCUGCCCGACCAGCAUGCAGGUCCCCACAUCACUAUCUAGAGCAUCACACACACUCAUCAACCAUACAGAUAUAUUCUAUAUACAAUCUCUAUAUAAUAUAUAUAUAUAUAUAUAUAUAUACAUACAUAUCUAUACUGUGUAUCUACGGGGCCCAGAGGCACACGGGAAGCCUUGGUUGUGCCCAUCUGCGUGUGGUGCAGGGAGGGGUCCUGGUCAUGCUUCUGGGCAGAGGACGGAAUGUUCUGGCUGAGAUGGGGCUCCCACCUCAGCACAGACAGGAUCUACACCUGUGGCCAGGGUGGCGGGGGACCCAAGGGCCUGGGUGGGCAGGGCGGGGGGAGGGGUGGACCCAGCUUGCCCGCAGAGUCCAGCCCAUUCUCUGACCGGCUCUGCACAUUCCUGCUUUCCACUUCCAGGUAAAAAGGAUCUGGCCUUCCCCGCCUCUCCCCGCCAAAAGGAUGUGGCUCCCUGACUUGCUCCAGCAUGGGCAAGGGCGGACAGAGGGGCCGGCCGUGUGGGACAGGAGGACCGCACUGGGGGAGGGGCCGUGGUACAGAAACCCUGAAUGCCAGCCCCAUCUGCCUUUGCUGCUAGGAGCCCAGCGGGAGUGGGGCUCCACGCGGCUGUCAGCCAUGACCGGCCAGAUGCCUCCCUCCCAUCCUGGAGCUCUGUGGGCCGAAGGCCCAGGGCCUUCCGUCCCUGACCCCGGGCUGCUGGUUAGCAGUCGGGUCCUGUCCACCCAUCUGGGUCAGAGUUGCUGGGGACCCCGUCCCCCGUGUGUGCCCCUUGGUCACGUGUGCCAUCCUCAAGGAUGUCUGGCUACUGUGGCUUCUGUGCCUGUGUCCCCUCCUGUCCCAUCCUCGUGCAGCCAUGCGUGUAACGGCCUGUCCUUUUGUAGUUUCUGAUGUUUGUAACCAGACCCACCGUGUCAUUAAACAGACUCGCUCUUGC